CCGUAUCUGUUCUUUUCUGCACACUCUCUGGCCAGAAGAAGACGCUUCCUUCGCACAAAUCGCUAGACUUUCGCGCCUAGUCUGCCGAAGUUGACUCGCAGUGUCAUAUCGUUUUGUAGAGAGUGAAGAGAUCUCUUGGUCUGCUUAGCGCCUUUUGGGAAGCGUGUGUUGUGCUGCUGUGCGUGGUUUUUGGAAUAUUUGGCCAGUUAGUGUGAGUCUCUUCUCAUCCUCCUUGCUGUGGUUGUUUAGCAGAGUGUGAUUACAUCCCAGCUAAAGAUAGCUGCAAGGACACGGUAUUUGAAGACGUUUGUAGUGAUUCGCCGGCGCUAAGAAAGACACAAGAAGAAUGUCGACGGAAAAGGUGGUGAUUGAGCGGAAAAUCACCCUUGUGAGUGGUGUUGCAAUUAUUGUGGGUACAAUUAUCGGUUCAGGCAUCUUCAUAUCACCAACGGGAGUAUUUAUUUAUGCUGAAUCAAUCGGAGUGUCUCUGCUGAUUUGGGCCCUGAGUGGCCUCGUGUCGGCUCUGGGGGCGCUCUGUUAUGCCGAAUUGGGCACCCUCAUCACUCGAUCUGGUGGUGACUACGCGUACUUACUGGUCGCCUUUGGCCCAUUGGCGGCUUUCCUCUGUCUCUGGAUCACUCUUGUGAUCGGUCGACCAACUAUCCUGGCCAUAUCGGCUAUCACAUUCUCCACCUACGCCAUCAAACCCUUCUUUCCCGACUGUGAACCUCCAGAUGAUGCCGUACGCCUACUGGCUGCAAUCUGCCUCUGCUUCAUCACAGCCGUCAACUGCAUCUCCGUGAAUUGGGCUCUACGGGUUCAGAAUAUCUUCACGGCAGCCAAAUUGUUGGCCCUGGCCGUGAUCAUUGCCUUUGGGGCGUACUCCAUGGUAACGGAUGGUAUGGGGAAUUUUGAGGAGAUGUGGGUAGGAUCAUACAGUGUAAAAUCUCUGAGUUUGGCAGCAUACUCUGGGCUCUAUUCAUUCGGUGGAUGGAAUAUUCUAAAUAUGGUCACUGAAGAGUUACAGGAUCCAUACAGGAAUCUCCCCCGUGCCAUCUGGAUUGCCGUACCAAUCGUCACAAUUGUUUAUGUCCUUGUGAACGUGGCCUAUUUUGCCGUCCUCUCGAAACAUGAAAUCCUUAGCUCUCUCGCAACAGCCGUUCUCUUUGGUAACAAGAUGUUCUCAUCCGUUGCCUGGAUAAUUCCCAUUUUUGUAGCUCUUAGCACCUUUGGGAGCAUAAAUGGAGUUAUUCUAACAUCAGCAAGAUUGUACGCAAUUGGAGCUGAAGAGCACCAUUUGCCAUCGAUUUUUGCUUUGGUGCACAUUCACAAGAAAUCUCCCGUACCCUCUCUCAUAAUAUCGUGCAUCUUGGCAUUGGUGAUGCUUUUCUGGCGAGACAUUUUCUUCCUCAUCAACAUCUCCAGCAAUGCCUAUUGGCUUUGCAUCACUGCAUGUAUUGUAGCUCUUUUUUGGCUGCGCCAUUCUCAACCCUCAAUGCAUCGUCCAAUUCGUGUUAAUAUGGUCAUUCCCACAAUUUUCUUUAUUUUCUGCUGCUUCCUUGUUUUUAUUCCACUCAUAACGGAGUUUUGGGACUUUCUUCUUAGCAUUGCUCUCAUUCUCACUGGCAUUCCCAUUUACUAUCUUUGCAUUUAUUGGCAGCAGAAGCCCCAGUGUUUGAAUAAAGUUAACAAAAUUGUGGAGAAAGUGUCACAAAUUCUCUUUGUCACGGCCUUUCCGGACAAGCAGGAGUAAAACUAUGAAUAUUUUAGGGACAAAACUUGCUGAACGAUUUCUGGGACCUGAUUCGGGACUUAAAGGGUGUCUGUUUCGAAUUGGAAUAUUUCUCUCAGCAAAAUACUUUGAAUUUUUAUUCUGUGUUGACUCUUGGGAAAUUCAGUGCAAUGAUACAGGUUUCUUAUUGUAUUUUGUUGUCUAAGUAAUUAAGCUGCAAUUCUGUAAUUCAAUUUCAGCUUCAUGGUUGAAAGUAUCAAAAUUCUGUUAAUGUUAAUUGCCUUUGUCAAAGAAAAGGGAUUAUUUGAUGUUCAUGAACUUUUCAGAACAUCCUAAGUUAGUAGAAUCGCCGGUAGAGGGCACCACGAUCCCAAUGGGGAAUUCACAUGAGGCAUAUGCUUCAUAUGAAUGAAAGGCAAUUGAAGACUUCUUUUGCAUUGGAUUAAUUAAAAAUGCGAAGAAUCCGUUGGAUUUUUCAAAGAUUUUAUUGACCAGAUAAUAUUAUUAUUAUUUUUGAAUUAUAUUCUAAGCUUUUUUUCACUA